AUGGUUUCUUCCCAUCCCGAGGACAAGGCGAAGCAGGCAGCUCUGACCAAGCGGGUGCUUUGGAAGUUCGACUCGCAUAUACUACCACCCCUGGCUCUUGUGUGGCUAGCCAAUUUUCUUGACCGGUCGAAUGCCGGCAAUGCGAGGAUUGUUGGCCUUGAGAGCGAUAUACACUUGGUCGGCAAUCAAUUCAAUAUUGCGCUGACGGUCGGUUCCACAUCCACUAACUUCCUAUCAAGCUAUGUCGCCGUGGAACUACCUUCCAACUGGAUUAUCAAGAAAGUUGGCCCGACACGAUGGCUCCCCUUCCUGGUGUGCGCCUUCGGCACGGUGACGACGCUGAGCGGCCUCGUUCAGAACUUCGCCGGUCUAACGGCCAUUCGCGUCGUACUCGGGAUGUGCGAAGGAGGUCUCCUUCCGGGCAUGGUGUUAUACCUCUCCACCAUUUACCGGCGGCAUGAAUUACAAUUGCGUAUCAGUGUCUUCUAUGCUGCUGUAUCUUUGUCCGGAGCCUUCGGAGGUCUGCUGGCUACCGCCAUCAUAAAGAUGGACGGAGUCGGUGGACUUGCAGGAUGGCGCUGGAUCUUUAUCCUGGAAGGACUCGGAUCUGUCAUAGCCGGUCUAAUAUGUGCAGCGGUGCUUCCCGUCAGCAUCGAGUCUGCGAGAUUCCUGACAGAGGAAGAACGUGCCUUUGCUCUGAACCGCUUCCAUAGAUCGAACGCCAUUAUGAACAGCGUCUCCGCGGUGAAACCUUCGGAAGACCUUGCCUUAUCUGCGCCAGACCCCGAGAAGAGCACUUCAGAAGACAAGACUCACCCGGAUCAACUCCGGGUAGCCGAGGUCCCGAUUUACUACGACGAAGAGCAAUUCGAGUGGCGGGAAGUAGUCCGAGGGCUCACGGAGAUACAAGCUUGGUUCACCGGGUUGGCGUUCUUAGGUUUGAAUGUUGGCUUCUACUCCUUUUCCCUCUUCUUGCCGACGAUUGUCACCGGUCUGGGAUAUGAAGGCGCGUCCGCUCAACUGCACACCGUCCCUCCCUACGUCCCCGCCGUCGUCCUCACAAUCUUCGUCGCUUUCCUUAGUGACAGAUUCAAAUGGCGAGGACCAUUCAUCCUCAUCUGUCUGCCAGUGGCUAUGGCAGGUUAUAUCAUCGCGAUCGCCGCCCAAACAAAUGAAGCUCGAUACGUAGCAGUAUUCCUUAUCGCUGCUGGAAUUUAUCCAUCCGCUCCUUGCAUACUGUCAAUCCUUCCGAACAACUGUGGGGGCCACUAUAAGAGGGCCACCGUCACCGCGCUGCAAUUAGCGAUCGCGAACACUGGAGGUUUCAUAGCGACCUUCGCUUACACGUCUGACGAGGCGCCGAAAUAUAUUCGCGGGCAUAGUAUCGCCUUGGCCUUCGUGAUUAUGGCCUGGUUGUUCAUCGCAGCAAACGUCUUAUUUUGCAUCCAUGAAAAUCGGGCACGGCAGGGCGGCGCCAGAGACGAUAACCUCCGUAUGUAUGAAGAAUUGCUGGAAUCAGGCCGGACGAGAGCACCCAUUGGUGACAGGCACCCACAAUUCAGGUUCACUCUAUGA